AUGCUGAAGGAGCAAGUUGCCGUGGCACGGCUCCACAAAGCGGCAGAAUAUGGAGAAGUGGUGGAGCGUGUUAUGGUUGCGCCACUUGACACAGUCGUGGGGCAGGACCCCCGUCGUGAAACAAGAUAUAGUGACACGGCGGCAGACACACGAUGCAGUUGCGGGCCAGGAUACAGCAACGGAUUUCGAGUUGCACGAUGA